UGCGUCAGGCUUGAUUCGAAAGUAUAACAAGAUGGCGACAGCGUUUGUUUUGACGUGAGACUUGUGUCGUUAUCCAACAAAAUAACCUUUAUAAUGUGAUAUUUUAAGAAGUACAAUAGUAAGUGCAACGGUCAUUGGUUAAUUUAACGUCGUAUCAGUCUAACACUGACCAUAUAGUUUGCAUCAUCAUCAUGAAAUCUGACGUGGAGGAACUGAUGCCCAGGCUUCUGCCUGUGGAAACAUGCGGCAUUGAAACUGGGGAAGACUUCAAUCUUAACGAGCCUCCAAGAAAUCCCCAGGAAUAUCUGAGGCAGGUUCAAUUAGAGGCGUCUCUCUGUCCAGAUGUUGUAGUGGCGAAGAUUGACCCAAAGAAAUUGAGAAAGAAACAGACAGUGAAUGUGUCGCUUACGGGUUGCCAAGCUGCUCCACAAGGAUUUUCACCGAGUUUAAAAUGGCAGCGACAGCAAGUCAGCAACUUCUCAGAAAUAAGACGGAGUAUCAGUAAGCACAGACUACACUGGAGUGGUCAAGCUUUAGAUGACAAUGUGUUCAUGCCAAAACAGGAUGCAGAGGAACAAUGGAAAAAGUUCUGCCUGGGUGAAAAUGUUUAUCUGAACUCUCCUCCAACUGACCCUGUUACUGAAGAUCCAGGCCUUGAUUAUGUGAAGGUUGGUUUUCCACCUUUCCUUAGCAUAGUGAGCAGGUUAAAUCAGGCCACAGUCUCUGCAGUUUUGGAGUACUUGAUAAACUGGUUUGAAGAGAGAGAGUUUGUCCCACAGUUAGGAAGAUGGCAGUAUGCACUGCUGGCUUGCCUUGAGAAACCUCUCCUCCCUGAAGCACAUUCUCUAAUAAGACAGCUGGCCAGACGUAGUUCUGAAGUGCGGACCAAACUGGAACACCAAGAAGAUGAAAGGUUGUCUCCUCUCAACUUGAUGAUCUGCCUUGUUGCUAGGUACUUUGAUCAAAACGACUUGGCCGAUAAGGAGGACUAAACGGGUUGAUGAAAUCCACGAUGAGGUUGAAACUCAUCACCCCAUGAGCUGUAGCUCUAUGAACCCAUCACCAUGCUCAGAUUUAGGAUCCACAGGGAGUUGUACUGUGGCAAUUAGAAGCCUUUAGAUAAAGCAACUAUUUAGUCUUAUGGAGAACAUUUGACCCAAUACAUUUGGCAUUUAGCAAACACUCUUAUCCAGAGUGACUUACAGAAGCAAUUAGGGUUAAGUACCUUGCUUAAGGGCACAUCAGCA